GCCGCGACAGCUUUAGGUCCACCCCGCCGCAAUAAUGGACGAGUCUAGCUGAGUUGCGUUCGGCAUGUGUUUGAUCAGUGAGGUGUUCAUUCAUUCGGUAAGCAGUUAUCACUGAUGAAUACCGUGCUUUGCUCCAGCUCAUUGCGUGCUCGGUCAACAGCUUUACUACUAAUUUUCGCUGGUUGGAGCAUGAACAGUUUCUGUUAAAUGUGCAGUUUGAUGUUUCAAAAGUGCUGGAGGAUACUUUUGUUUUGACGCAAGAAUUUAAGAAAAAGACAGGUUUGAGCAACAAGAGGGCAACUUUCCCGGCACAGAACGACCAACUCCAUCAUAGUCUGCAGUACAUAACUGAGCAUCCUUGAACAAUGGCACUUUCGGCAUCCGUACUGUGCAUCAGUUUAAUAUGCAAUCUCCUAACUGUAGCCUGGACGCAGGAGAUAACCUACACCAUACUAGAGGAACAGGAAGCUUAUACUGUGGGUAACUUGGCAGCAGAUCUCAACAUCGAGACAACUCCGGUCACACGGUUUCAGUUUCUUACUGCGACUUGGGAGAAUCAAACAUAUUUCCGUCUGAAUGGAUUAACUGGAGAUAUUUCAACCACAGGGAAGAUUGACAGAGAAAGUGUUUGUGCCCUGAAUGAGCUGACAUGUCAGUACGAGCUGGAGGUUUUGGUUAUGCCACAAUCUGAGUAUCGUUUUAUCCGUAUCCAUGUGGUAAUUGAGGACGUGAAUGAUCAUCCACCAAGAUUCAGCGAAGCCAUCUUGCCUCUGGAAAUUUCUGAGACUGUUGCGCUCGGGACUAAAAUCCCAUUGGAGACUGCUGAAGACCCAGAUGUGCGCGAAAACUCUGUUCAAGAGUAUUCCCUCUUGAAUGAUUAUGAUGGUACAUUUGGGCUCUUUGUCCAGCGCUUUGUAGACAACACCAUCUCGUUGCAACUUGAAGUGACUGCGGAGUUGGAUCGCGAGACCCGCAGUAGGUACUUGCUGACCCUUUUGGCACAUGACGGAGGGGACCCUCCCAAGACAGGCUCCGUCAUUCUCAAUGUGACAGUCCAGGACUCUAAUGACAAUGCGCCACAAUUCCAACGUUCAAGCUACACGGUCAGCAUUGAGGAGAAUGCCGCCAUCAGCACUGAGAUCCUUCAGGUGGUGGCCAUGGAUCCUGACUGGGGAACUAAUGGACAGAUUGAGUACUCGUUCAGUAGCAGCGUGACCCAAGCUGCCAGGCAGGCACUUCAGAUUGAUGAAGUCACUGGGAUGAUAAGCAUCAAAGGACUCCUGGAUUAUGAACAACAACAGAGCUUCCAACUUGUCAUAAGAGCUGCAAACAGAGUGGCAAAUCCAGUGCCUGAUUACACAACCGUGACAAUCAACAUCAUUGACAUCAAUGAUAACUACCCAUCACUGACAGUAACCCCUUUGGAAGCUGGGCCCAAUGGUUGGGUGCAUCUCUCAGAAGACACCUCAACUGGUACACUUGUUGCAUUCGUCAAGGCAUCUGAUCCAGAUGGUGGCAGCAGCGGGAUGGUCCGUAUCUCUUUAUCAGACACCCUCUCUGAUUUUGGUCUUCAAGAGGUCAGUGAUGGACAGUACUUCCUGAGCACCCUCCGGACCUUAGACAGGGAAGCAGUGGACGUCUACAACAUAUCCAUCCAGGCAAUGGAUCAAGGAUCACCGCCAAAGACCACCAUUCGUCAUCUUGUGAUAAUUGUAGAAGACAUCAAUGACAAUCCUCCUUUUUUCGCAACACCAAUAUACUACGCUAAUAUUGAUGAGAACAAUCGUCUCUCUUCACCUGUUGUGACUCUCUCAGCCAGUGAUCCCGAUGAAGGAAUGAACAGUGAAAUAACUUAUCAACUGUGGACACAAAGAGAUAUGUUUGCCGUUGACGCUUCUACUGGAGUCAUAACUGCUGAGGUUGUCCUGGAUCGUGAGGCCCAGGCCUCGAUCAGUCUCUUCGUCAGUGCUUGUGAUCAAGGAGUCCCCACUCUUUGUAGCAAUGCUACUGUCAUCGUUGACGUACAAGACCAAAAUGAUCACCAACCUGUCUUCAAACAACCAGGCUAUCAGUUCACCAUCCCUGAGAAUCAAUUUGUGAACUCAGUUGUCGGCUUCACGAAAGCCACGGAUGAUGAUGCCGGACUUAACGCCCAACUGACGUAUGCCAUCAGAGAAGCUGACUCAAAUGGGGCAAGUGAAUUCUUCCAUAUUGUUGCACAAACUGGGAAGAUCCUUACCACUCAAGUCAUCGAUUUUGAGGAACACAAAGAGUUCCAGUUUACGGUGACUGUAACAGAUCACGGCAUAGCACCGCAGACAUCAGAGGUGCUGGUUAGCAUCACGGUAAGAGAUGAGAAUGACAAUGCUCCAGAAGUCAUCUCCCCAAACUCAGCCAAUGAUACUUUUUUCAUCCCUCAGUCGGCAGGAGCUGGCUUCCUGGUGGUCCCCAUUGAAGCUUCCGAUCAAGACCAGGGUGUGAACUCCCAGCUCUCCUACAGCAUCAGCUCCGGUGACAAACGUGGCAUCUUUGGCAUCAAUACUGCUGGCCAGCUGCUUACAGCCCAAAAAAUAGCUAGCUCCUGGGAAGGCGUUCAUGCGGUGACCGUUCAGAUCUCAGACGGCGGGACACCAAUGCAGACCACUCCUUUAGAGCUCAUCAUAGUCAUCACAGAUUUGGAUUUCAAUACCUCCCUCCCAGCUAAGGUGUUCUUCGAACGAUUCAACCUCACUGCUGCUGAUUUUGGUCUUGCAGACCAGGAUGACAGUGAUCAGCAAGACAGUGAUCCUCUGUCCUCCUGGCCCGUCAUCACUGCCAUUGUUCUUGGCUCAGUGUUCAUCCUUCUUGUCCUUGUCUUCCUCCUUGUAUACUUGAAGUGUCGCUCCAAGGCCAAACCCCAGCAGGUCUACACUGUUCCGCCUGACUUGCCUAGCAGUGAAAGCCACACCAGUGCUGACUACUUCUCCGAGGUUCACAGCAUGACUCCCCAGCGAAAGCUGUCAACGGAUACAUGUUUGUCAGUCACAACAUCCCUUGGCUCCGUCCAAUCCAAGAACAUCAUGAAAUGGCGGGCCCAAGCAGUUCAGGCCAAUGGGACGUUGGAUUCCAGACUAGGCAACCUUCAGAUGACAACCUUUGGCAGUAACUCCGAUGUCAUGUCCGACACUUCGGCUAGAAGGACACCAGAAACAGAUGCUGAGGUUCAGAGACUCCUGAACAUUCUGCGGAUGGAGACGGAUGCGGUCAGCGAUAAUUCCCGGAGCAGCUACGACAGUGGACAGGGAGACCAUGAAGAGCACGACUCCGCACAGAACGUCUUCCCGAUUCAGCAUUACGUCCGAGGAACACCGCGAUCAGCAUCCUGCCCAAAACUCUCUGGACUCAGCGGACAAGGACAAGCGUCAUCCAGGGAUCACUACAUGGCCAGCCCCCACUGCACCCAAGAAUGCGCCACACUCGGCCACUCGGAUCAGUGUUGGAAUCGCCAUGAACGGCCCCAUGAACGGCCCCAUCGACCGCGCUCUGCCUCCGCAAGCAUCAUCCCCCAACAACCCAUUCAUAGGCCAAUCGGCUUAUACGCUGACAGAUCGGGAGGUUACAACAUUGACGCCCACUCACCUGGUGGUAAUACAUUGACCAAGUCUCACAACGACAAGACAUCCCUUAGCGAUUCCAGGAGAGGAUCUAAUGACAACUACACCAAUGCAGCUGCUAGAAACCAUUCCAGAAAUGACUAUUCCCCGGCUACCGAUGGUCAUCACAGCGGAAACUAUGGGACAGUAUCACGAGGGGCAACGGGAAAGCAACGAGCAAAUGCCAACAGCUCGCAUGGCUCCACGCUUCCCCAGGACCAUGCGAGCAAUAAGCAUUACCGGAACAGCAACACGCCGUUGAUUCUCUCGCCCAUAACUGAAGACCCCAUGGAAAUCACCGACCCGAGAAGUGCUGCUCACAAUGUCAAUUCCUACGAAGAUUUCAAGAAUCGCUGUGGCAUUAGCGACCAAGUCUACCCAAUCAGUAAUGUGGUGCGGCAUAAGAACGGCGCAGUCUAUGAUCACUAUGGACUCGGUGAACUUCAGUCAGAUGCUGCAGAUGUUGAUUUUGGGUACCAGACCGAUGUGACUUCAGGUUACUUUCCUCAACAGAGCAUACAGACAUGUCUAUGAGAUGUAAAAGCCUGCUCCCAUUCUAAAAGUCUGGUGCCAAGAUCUGCAGUAGUCUGGCGCCAAGAUUGACAGUAGUCUGGUGCUGAGAUAAAAACCAGCCAACACACUGUGAACAUCACAAAGGUAGCGACUAUAGCGUAUGGCUUGCUUUGUGUAAAAUGUUACCCUGUCCGUCCGCUGGGAGCGUGACCAUAGCACCUAGUCUGAUGUCCUGACUUGUGUAGCAUGCUGGUGCUAAUUAGUGCAAAACCAAGGAUCGCCUUUUAGAAACUUUCUAAAACAAUGGGAGUUACUUGUCAAUUUCUGAAAUACCCAAAGUGCCUGAUAAAAAAAAUGGCCCGUUAAACAAUUAAAAACCCUAGGUAAAGACUUGCCAGGACAAAUAUUCAUAAGUGUGUAAAUAUAUAUAUAUCCAACUGUUAUUAUAUUUAUGUUAUGUAACAGCUUUUUAUAUUCAUUGUAAUUUUUUCCAUAUGUAAAUGAAAGCUACAAAAAUACAAGUGUACUUAUUUAGGACUUGCAUGUUAAAAGCUUUGCUGUUGUGAAUGUUGCUUAACGAGAGUAUUAAACUGUUUCAACGAUAUUUUCAUGAUCUCGAAUUGAAAAAUAAUAGGUUCAAAAUUUAUGACAAAUUUGUUGUGAACGGUAUGUUGAUAAAUGAUAACCAAAUACGUUUUACAGAUUGGCAAAUUACUAAAAAAGGAAAUUCCUUGACAUGUUCUGUUUCUCAUUACAUGUAUAUGCAACAUUGACUAGGUGUAAUUAACAUACAUGGGUGUCAUACAUGGUUUUCCAGAAGUUUGUUUGUUUCUUGGAGAUACCACAUGUAAAAUGUACACUGUUAGUGAACAUAAACUUACGAGUGUAAGGAUUAUUCAGAAUGAUGCAAUACAUGUACAAUGCAUGUACGUGUCACACAUUAGUAACAAACUACAAUUUCAACAAAACUUGAUGCCUUAGAAAUUAUUUGAAAUUCACAAAAAUCUAUCAGCCUUGUCAUUUAUUUCUCCACAGAUAUGCACCCAAAUAGUAGAAUUAGUAGAACUGAUUUCCUAUAUUGAUUUUCACAGCAUCCAAUUAAAUUUUCUCUGUACAAUUUAAUUAAUUUAAUACAUGUUUCGCAUAUGCAGAGAUAUUUUAAUUGAUGCUUCGCUUGUCUGAUACGCAUAUACUUAAAAAUGUCUAAAAAGAAUGGAUGUUAAUCUUAAUACAUUGUAUCUCAUCUGCACUAACAGAGCUGUCCAUUUUCAAAUAAUUGCGUUUCACCGAAUAUUUGAAUAUUCGUAACUUGCCGAUCAAGUUUACACAUGCCAGCUGCAAAUAAAUUAUACGCAAAGUGCAUUGGAUAAAU